AUGCAAUACCACCAAACCAUCAUCCACGCCCAUCGCCCGUGGAUCUCCAAACGCUACAUCCAACCCCAACCGCCCCAAGGCCCAGGCCACGUCCACGCUCGAAAAAUGUGCAUCGAAUCCGCAAUCGCUAUCGCCCAACUCCUCCAUCUCUACGAAACUCAAUACACCUUCCGUCGCAUGAACGUUCAAGCCGUCUCCAUCACCUGCUCGGCAGCACUAAUGCUAAUCUUUGCCACAAUCGCAAGCCUGAAACGUGAAGGAGAUCAAGAAAUAUCAGCUUAUCUUAGCAUUUGCUUCCGAGCACUGGAAGAAUUCGGCGUGUCAUGGGAGAGUGCCAAGAGAGCGCAGAACUUUUUAAUUAGUCUCCAGCGACGAUGGGAAUCGCGGGUCCGUUCGUAUACUUCGGCGAAGCGGGCUGUGUCUCAAUCACAGAGUCGGUCGCAGUCUUGCUUUCCGACUUCGAAGAAACCUCGUAUAUCGAGUGAGCCCGAUCCUGGGUCAAGUGAGUCUGGAGUACUGGUUGGUGAGGAGGAUGUUCGUGCGUUUGACCCGGUUGGGAGUGGGUUUCCUAUUGAUCCGGAUAUGAUGGUGGAGCUGGAUUGGUUGUGUACGGAGACCAUGCGGGAUAUGUCUCCUUGA